AUGUCGCCAGGAGACGGGCAGUCAAACGUCGACGACAAGCCCGUCGUCCCGCCCUUGCCAUGGAACGUCGACCUCACUCUAUAUGAGUUGGAAACUAUUGCGAGGCUUUCCUCCGCCAUCGCAGAUACCGCAUGUGUCGUCAAGAACACUUCCAGGGGUCGCGACACUCCAUUGAGCAUAGAUAUCGACAUACCCGAUUUUCAGUACUACUGGACCGCCUGUGGGCUCUUUGAGCGGAACCUAGUCACCAUUGGCUACGUGCAGAGCUGGAUUGCUGCUAUUGACGAACGAAGAAGAAAGCUCAAGGCCAUCAUGACUGCUCUUCUCCGUACGAUCCUGACGGACCGCCAGCUCAGCGACAUUGAAAUAAAUAUCGCGCCAGGAACGGAGCCCGCCGUAAACCUUAUCAAGGAGAAGAUUGUUUCUGGAACAAUACCAUCCCUGGAGGAGAUUAUGAGUGCGAUGAGAUCGCAGGGAGGGGAGGCCAGACAAUGGAGAGAUUUUUUAGACCAUCUGGGCUCGGGCCAUCAACCCUCGACUGUGGGCGAUCUCGGCCGAUUGGUUUAUGUGUUCAAGGCGGUGAAACCAGCCCUGGAACAUGAGCACACUGUGGCAGCACCCAAUGGAAACAUUCGAGAUGCGCCUGGUCGAACGCUUAUCAUCCAGGUCGACGAUAUCAUCGAAUGGAGGAUCUUCGACCGGGCAAAGUCAUUCCUGGAGCACUACGCCACGCAGAAGCCCAACUAUGCAGAGAAAGCCCUGAUCGUGGGCCUUUUCCCAAUACAUAAAAUAUUCGUGGCCGGCUCGAGCCGCUCGGAUUUAUACCACAAAGAUCCAGGACCGCAACUGUGUCUGAAUUCCGAAGGAGCGAUGAUCGGUCCACUGGAUGUCAUCGGAAUGACUUACGGAAUACACAUGAAGGAGGUCUUGCAGCGUUUGCGCCGCCGAGAAGGUUUCCAGUGA